CCCAGCGGCUCCCCACGACGCGCACGGACUGAGAUCCCGUAGUCGUUCCGCUAUUGCACUCCGACACGGAGCUCCGCAUCUGCCUGACCUCCGCGAUGAGGGACCUUCACUUCAAGGAUAACUUUUGGAGCGGCGAUCUCAACAGCACGGCGGGCUACGACGCCGUUAUCCAACAUCUCAACGACGGUAAGAAGACAUGCAAAGAGAUCGAGGAUUUUAUCAAAGCCAGAGCUGCGAUUGAGGAGAAGUAUGCCAAGGAGCUGCUGGGACUGUCCAAGAAGGUUUGCGGCCAGAAUGAGAUGAACACACUGAAACGAUCACUUGAUGUCUUCAAACUACAGACUGAACAGGUGAGUCUGUCUCACCUGCAACUGGCCCAAACUAUGAGGGAUGAAGCCAAGAAGUUGGAGGAAUUUAGAGAGAAACAGAAAGAAGCAAGAAAGAAGGUGGAACAGCAGAUGGACACAUUGCAGAAGCAGAAGGCAACGCAGUACAAGAAGACCAUGGAGUCCAAGAGGACCUACGAGCAGAAGUGUCGUGACAAAGAAGAGGCAGAACAAACCUUGAAUCGCAGUGCCACCACCAGCAACACCAAACAGCAGGAGAAGCUGUAUGCCAAAUCACAGCAAGCCAAGCAGUCAGCAGAGGAAGCAGACAGGAUGUACAACCAGAGCGUGUGUGUGCUCGCAAAGAUUCGUCAGGACUGGCUGAAAGAGCACAUCCACACGUGCCAGUUUCUGGAGAAGCAGGAAGUGGAGAGAAUCAGUACUUUGAGGAACAUCGUCUGGACACACCUUAACCACCUCUCCCAGCAGUGCGUCACCAGCGACGAGCUGUAUGAGGAAGUCCGAAGAUCUCUGGAGCAGUGUGACAUUCAGGAGGACAUUGAGCACUUCAUCAACCUAAGGAGGACAGGAGACAAACCUCCAGCUCCCAUACUAUACGAGAACUUCUACACCAAUCAGAGGACAGCACCAACUCGACAGCCACCAUCCUUCAGCAGGAGAGGACCAUUGCCUCUGCCAACUAACAUAGAAGAUGACUUGGAAUAUACAAGUGUAGCUGACGCUGGAUACAGUGUAAUUCGAUAGUGACUCACAGGCAACAAGAGAACCUAGGAGCUGAUGCUGUAUUUUUUCUCUCAGUUUGGCACCGGUACAAGUCUCACCGAACACGGCUCGUCACGGUGUUUUGGGUCAGGUUUUCUAUACACGGACCUGCCUCAGCAGGGCUGCGGGCCCUGGACCGUGUAAUCUAGCCGGUACCACACUGAUGGAAGCUGCCUCACACCAACCACGAUGUAGUCACACGGUUCAAAGAAACAACACACAGCAACAUUCACUACACCGAUAAUGCAACUGUAUCCAUCGGACCGCUUACUUUCUCUUCUUUUAUUUUGCUGUUUGUAUAUGACAAUCAGACCGACAAAUGUAAUUAAAAACAAACAUAACUUAUUUAUAGUGUUAAAGCCCAAAUGAGGACUUGUGUCUCGACUUGUUUACAAAGAGCUGCUGUGUAAAACACAGUGCAGGCGUUUCCUCAGUAGAAUGGUACAUUCCAAACAUGGCCACUACUGCCUUACACAACUUGCUUCAAUAAAUCAAUAUUUUCUCUGUAA